CUGUGCGCCAAAACGAUCAUACUGCCUCACUUUGACCGUCAGCGAUGGAGAUAAUCAGAUGAAAUAUGAUGAGGAUAUUAUCCUGUGCACGUUUGUCGACGACGGGAAGAAGAAGCAGAGCUGAGACUACGAGCUGCAUUUAUUCAGAAUAACUCAGUAGCUCCAGCACUAACAGCAGGUUUUUGGACACACCGCCAUCUCAACAUGUGCUAAUCUUCUAAGCAUUACCCAAAAUAUAGUGAACAAGAUUUUGAGCCGCCAACCCCAUCAACAGUCUAGCACCUUGCCCAGCUUCCCUCAUGGCCCACCCUUACGAGCCUUGGUUGCGGACAGCACCCCCAAGUGGCAGCUCAGAAGACAUGAACAUCCCCUCCUGGUGGGAACUCCACAGGGACGUCCAAACAGGGAGCUGGAUUGACCUACAGACGGGGCAGAAUGUCGGCUUGCCUUCAGUAAAUCCUGGGAGCUCCAUGGGGUUGCAGCACUCUUUAGGGCCCUACGGAUCCGACCCACACCUGUGCAACCUGCCUCCAUCUCAACUUGCUCCAGCCUCGCACUCAUCCCACCUCUUCUCUCAGGAUGGCUUCAAGAUGGAGCCAAUGGCCCCUGAAAUGCUGCAACAAGAAGCGUACACCCUGGAGGAACCGCAGGAGAACGCUGUCUCCGCCCGGCCCAAGCCUCAGCGCCGCUCCUCCUCCAGAGGCGGGGGCCAGACUGCGUGUCGCUGCCCUAACUGCGUGCAUGCUGAACAGCUGGGCCAGAGCACGGAUGACAGCAGGAGGAAGCACAUGCACAACUGCCACAUCCCCGGCUGCGGCAAAGCCUACGCCAAGACCUCGCAUCUGAAGGCUCACCUGCGAUGGCACAGUGGGGACCGGCCCUUCGUCUGCAACUGGCUCUUCUGCGGCAAGAGAUUCACACGCUCUGAUGAACUGCAGCGCCACCUUCAGACGCACACCGGUGCUAAGAAGUUCAGCUGCGCAUUAUGCCCCAGAGUGUUCAUGCGCAAUGACCACCUAGCCAAACACAUGCGCACACACGAGUCCCCGCCAGGACACGGGGAGGAGAGGGUGAAUGGAGACGGGAGGAUGGAUAAAGGCUUCGAUACACCCACCCCUCCUCAGUCUUCCUCAAACGUGUCCGACAACACAGAGCCACCACUGAAGCUGAAAUGUGAGACGGACCCCUCAGUCUCCAGUGUGACAGGGCAGUCUGGGUAAUUUCCUCACUUUCUGAGGCAUUUUUUGCAGUUAAGGGCUAACAUUUUUUUCCCUCUUUAUCAUAGAGGUGUCUUGGUUUUACAAUAGAAUAGAAAGUAGAAAAAAGGUUUGGACAAACUUUCACUGAUGGAAGUCUGAUGGGACAGAACGUGUUUCUUGUGUAUCUAUCAACUAGGCAAACUCUGAUAGUAUAAAUGUUUUAGCACACAGAAAAACUGUAAUUUAUUCAUAGUAUAAUUGACUGAUUCUGUGGAUUCAAGUGAAAGGUGGCUAAGGAGGCGAUCAAGCUGAAGCUGCAGCUUGUUGCUGGACUUCUGUUGCUGCUAGAGCUUCUGCUACCGGUAGACCAAAGAUUAACUGAAGGUAGCAACUUGUUUACAAAGAAAUGAAUCAAAUGUAUUGCUGGAGGUGUUGGAGAAAUGUUGUCUCCAAUACAGUUUAAUACACUAAUGUCAAAGGCUUUUGAACGGAGAAAAGAGACCGUUUUUUGUAUAAGUCUCAGAUGGUGUGUAUCCUUCUGCGCAAGUUGUGAUAAGCCACUGGAACAUAAUACAGCAUGUCGUUUUUAAACGGUCAGUUGCCAUUUGGAUGGUGAAAGUUUGUGCGACAGAACUGUGUGUGUGGAUGUUGUAAGUGAUUAAAUUGUACUUUUACUAAAAUACAACAGACAAUAAUGCUAUGGCAGCAUGCUAUAAUGUUGGUGAAUAUAUAAUAUAAUAUAAAAAUGGGAAUUGAAUGCACUACAAAGGCGUAUUUACCAAAAAUGUGUGUUUCUGUUGCCACUUCUGGCAUAACACGUAAUGAUGAGAAUGUGAACACUGGUCCAGGUUACCAGAUGAGAACAACAAGAUGUGACAAUGAUAUAAAAAAAGAAACAAUUGUAAAGGAGUCAGAGUCACUGGAAGAGCUUAGCGUCAUGAUCACAAAAAAUGGACGUGGAGAGAAAAUGCUGCCUGAUUAAAGAAAUCCUUUGGUACAUGCUGAUGACAGCGAUCAUAUUUGGCAUCAACUGGACUCCACAGGGCGGUAUGUCAACAGUGCUGUUGCUGAGUUACACUAAGCAGGGUAGUUUACCACAGUGCCCUCUGCAAGCACAAGAUUUAAAGCUCCACCAAACAAUGUUUUUAUAUAACCAAUAGAUUCAAUUACUUGCCCAUAGAAAAACAUUGUUCCCAUUCAACUAAAUUACAUUGUCAUUUUUCUUUUGUGUAUAUGUCCUUGAUCACAUUUGUUUUAAACGGGCAAAUCCAAAGAAACACAGGUCUUUCACCGAGGUAUUGUUCGGUUUUCCAUCUCCAAACUAUAUUGUGUUUUCACAGCUCUCAUCCACGUCAACGUCUUUAAACGGUAAAAAUAUGUCAAUUUUGCAUCUACAGUUUUUUUUGCCGCUCCCAAGUGGCCAAUAAAAGAUACUGCUUCACAGGUCACAGGAUUUCCUACUGAUCCAGGUGUACCUCAUUAUGUGGGUUGAUGCAUUUCUUCAAAAUACCAUCAGCUCGAUACCUAUUUGCAUGUUGGAUCAAGCUAUAGUCGCAAUUAUCGACAAACAGUCUGUAAAGGGCUUAUCUCUCAACACAUUAGAUUAAGAUCUCUUUGUGUGUCUGUAGUUUUUCAACUCAUUUAACAAACCAUUUUUGUAACACGACACCCAUUGGAUUCUGGAUAAGCAUGCAGAAAAAGGUUGCUAGCAAUCUAGCUAAUGAAACAAAAUGCAAGAAAACAACAGGCAGAAUAAUUUGUUAAGGUUAACUUUCAUAAUCUAUAUGAAUUGAUCACUAGUUCUGUAGCGGGCAGUGUGAGCAGCACUAUUAGGAUGUAUGUAACCAAUCACAGUCAUUAGGCUGAGAUGUCUUUAUCUUAGGGGCUUGCAUUAUUGGAGGCUCAAUAUUGCUGUAUUUAUGUAUAGAAUAUAAUAAAUGGAAGACCAUGUUUAAACAUUAGUCAAUUGCUGUGUUUUGAGUAUUAAUAAUAUUAUUUGUUGUUGAUGUUAUUGAUAGUCUUUUCUAUGUUGGUCAGUAGAGCAAGAUGGACACAUUUUUGAAUUGGUUGCUAUAGUAAAUGUUUUAGUUGACUGCAAUAAAAUAGAUUUUAAAACGUUUAAUAAGUUAAGUAUCAUGGUGUAAUAACUUGUAUUUAAUCUA